GAAGAUCCGAGCCGCGAUCCAGCCAGGCCGGACGCCUCAGUGCCACAGCCUCCGUGGAGAGAACCAGCGGGCUCCAGCCUCGAAAAGGAAUACACUGUCGCCUCAUGCUGUAGUCCACUUCUUUUUUUAAAUUUUUAUUUCUAUUUUAAAUGGGCGUCGCACUUGGCCUGGCAUCUUUUAUCCCAGUGAUUUGUGAUUUUAUUAUUUAUUGUUAUGCACGGAUUUAACAUGCCAAAAAGAUGAUCGGGGGGAACGUUUCCUGCCGGACGAGAAGCCUGAAUGCAACACGCACGUCUGAAGAAACGGAUUACUAUUUGGACUGUAUUUGAUUAGCCCGUCCGGAUUUGGGAUUACUCGACAUUUUGCGGAAUGGAAGGACGGGAUUUCGCUGCUCCGGCCCACCUUCUGUCAGAGCGGGGCGCCUUGGUGCACCGAGCUGCCUCUCGGAUCGCGCCCUCCGGCCACAGCUCAGUGCAGCACGCCGGUCACUUCCCGCCGGGGAAAUAUUACCCCUCACACAUACCGAUGGCUCCACACUCAGGCAGUGGACUGAUGGGCAAUUCCUCCGCUUCCUUCAUGGGGACCUUUUUGGCCAGUAGUCUGGGUUCCCCCCCUUCCCACCCGUCUCACCCUUCCCGGCCGCCCUCCUCGCCCUCCUCGCCCUCCUUCCGGGGCGGACCCCAUUCCAGCGCCUCCCAAAUCUGGUUCCCCCAUUCGCAUGAAGCUGCUGCGGGGUAUCCUCGAUUCUCAGGGAGUCUGGCGCACACCUUCCUUCCAAUGGGUCACCUGGAUCACCAUGCCAACAGUGGAGUUCUCUAUGGCCAACACCGUUUCUAUGACACUCAAAAAGAAAACUUCUAUAUCCGAGGUCUCCCUUCCCAGCCUCUCAUUCCGGCCAAUCACAGUCUGCCUUCAAUGCCCCGCGCAGGCUCUGGUCUCUCACAGGGGUCUUGCAGCCGAGACAGAGACCAGGCAGCAGGGGCGGGUCUACACAAGAGUCUUAAAGAGGCAGCGGUAGACAGGGGAGGCGUACCUGUCAAGGACAAGGAGAGGACAAGUAGCAAACAGGAGGCAAAGGAGAGGCAGCACCAACAUCACCACGGCCACCAGCCUCCACAGCCCACACAUCAUCUCCACCAUUCCCACUCUCAUCAACAGCACCCACACUACCCACAGCACCCACUGCCCUUGGAGGAGGUGAACAGCCAGACCCUGGAGAGGCACAAAGCUGCCCUGGCUAUGGAGUAUAGUAAAGAACACUCUCAGAGUAUGGGGAAGCCGCUCAGCGCCUGCUUGCACAACGGCAAGAUGCAAAACGGUGAUACAGGAGCUGGGGCUGGAGCUAAACCUCCAAUGUCUAGCUGUGGAAGGGAAGGAACACCCCUUGGGCCCAUGGGAGGUGUGGGAAGCAGUCAAGGGAGACACAUGGGGUCCAAUGGUAAUAAUCGCUGCACCAAAGAGGGAGUAAGUGGUGAGAUGAGAAUCAGUGAACAAACUUCAGACUGUCUGGAAAGAAACCAGGCUUCUGUUCACCACUCUCUGCCCUACUCUGUGCCUCCACCUUUACAGAUGGGGUCAGCAGCUGGAGGAGCGCACCCCCAUCCACAUUCUCACGCUCACCCCCAUGCACAUCCUCACCCCGGGGGCUUCCACUGCCUCCAACUGCACCCUAGACAUCCACACCACCCACAUCAUUCCCACCAUACACACCAUCACCCAGACUUCUUCUGUGCACCCCCAUCAGCCCCACUAGCUGACCCGGUGUCACAUGACAGAGGGCCAACUAAUGUCGGUCGAGAUCCAAAAGGGCCUACAUUUGUACCGUCAGUAGCAGACCUGGGGGAAAAAUCUAGUGGGACAUUCCAGCUGGGUAACCCUGACUGCCAGGGGGUGGGUGGUGGAGGCGGUGGUAACGUCAAAGACAAAGUGUUGGAGAAGACUGGCGGUGGUGGGCACCACAGCAACUGGCAGAGAAAACAACAACAGCAGCAGCAGCAGCAGCAACAUGCAUACAGGAAGGCUGAAAAGACGACAGACUGGAUGCAAGCCCACCAGCAUCACAUUCAGGCUUCACACCUCCCUCCAAAUCCACAGCAGCAGCCGCCACACCAGCAGCAACACGCUGUCCGGUCUCGGAGUGCAGAGUGUGUCAACAGUGGCGUGGAUAUGGACGUUUACAGGUCCUCCAUGCCUCAAGGGCCGAAGACAGGACACUCAGUUCCACAUUCGGUGAAUACUUCCCCUUACAAAGACUGCUCCCACCAAGCACAAGCUCCCAACUCCUCCCCACAUGGAAGCAAGAACAUAGGUCAACACAAUGGAGCCACAAUUGGUCCUGGAGGUAGCUGUUCCUUACAGAGAGAUGGCCAAAAGGUUGCCAGGAUACGGCACCAACAGCACGGACGAUCUGGACCCGACACCCCUUCGCCCGUGGAGAUGAACCAGGGCGGCAGUCAGGAAAUUAAACGAAAGAUGGACAUGUCGACGUAUUAUUUAAACAACAGUGGGCACCACCACCAGCAGCCCCCUGUUCCUCCCUGGACCAUGAGGCCUCACCAUCAUAUUACCCAUGUAGAGGAAGAUCAGAGGAAGUCAUAUAUGGAAUUAGGAGUCACCACUGGACAACAAACCCAGCAGCAGCAACAAGGGAUGAAUCUGCCUCCCACCCAGUCCACACCUUCACUCCCCCACAAUCAGCAGCAACAACCCGAUACACAGACACCGAUUCAGGGGGAUGGCAGCGCGAUGAAAGGCUUACUCAAGUACAGCAACCAGCAGCAGCCACUGCUGCUUUCCCAGAAAACCCCAUUUGGUGGAUUAGGGAGCCUCAAGUCAGGAGCCGCUGGGGGAAGCUGUGCACUGCAGAGCAACAAGCAGCCCCUGCCGUCCAGAAAGGGACAACCCAUUGACAGUGAGCGUCCUGACUAUGGUGGGCGAAGCCGGGAUAUCGGAGAAGCAGGUCACGGGGAGAGUGAGGUGCGGCAGCCGCCGGUGGGAAUAGCAGUAGCUGUUGCAAGACAAAGGGAACCUUCCUGUCGUUCAUCAGAGAAUCACCCAACAAAUCGGCACGGCAGGGUGCACCCCUCUGUCAAAGGACAACAGCACACCAUGUAUCCGUCAGAUCCUGUCAUGGACGAAGAGAGGAAGAUGAUGAGCGGAGAACAGAUGGGCCUCACUUGUUUGGACAGAGAGCGAGACGCAUACAUCAGGGAUAAUAAAGAAAGGGUGGAGUUUGCCCGGAUCCAUCCGUCUAACAGUUGUCACGGAGAGCUCACUUCUCACCUCAUGGUCCCGGGUGGGACGUCGCUCCAGUCCGGCCAGUUAGGCGAUCCAGCUGCACAUUCCACUCAUCACCAUUGGAUGCCUCGGAACGGAAGCCCGUCGCUGUGGAUGACGGGGCAUUCGUACGGUAUAGGCCACACGGCGCUUCACCAGAAUCUCCCCCCGGGGUUUUCAGCGGGCAUGCCGGGCCCUCUGCAGCCAGUCCUGCCUUUGCCGCAAGAUCCGUCUGCACAGUUGGUGGUCCUGCCCACUGAGCCCUCGCCCCAUCCUGCCACCCACCACUUAGAUGUGAUGGAACAGCAGGGACUGUGGCCCCCUGUGUACGGCGCCCGAGGCCCACCUUCUCACAUGCAGCAUCCCGCUGUGUACUCACGGUCACAGUUUCUACGGCAACAGGAGCUGUACGCUCUCCAGCAGCAUCAGCAGCUUCAGCAUCAGCAUCAAACCCACCAGACACAACAACCGUCUCAAGCCCAGCAUCAGCAGCAGCAGCAGCAGCCGCAGCAGCAGCCGCAGCAGCAGCACAGAGCUGCUGUUGACAUGCAGCAUCAAGCUGCUCACAACACACAGAUGCAGAAGAGGUCAGCAGAGUCCUCCGUGGGCCUACAGGAACUCGUUCCAGAACCCAGGACGUCCAAACCUGCCAAGCCCUUUUCUUACAACCAAACCCAGAGGAACUCCUCCCCUUCCGCAGCCUGUCCUCCGCAUCUGUCCCCCUGCUGCCAGUCCCCCUCCAUGCGACCGCUUCCAAAGAGCACUCCCUCGACUCCUUGUCCGGUUCCCAGCCCUGCGGUCACCGCUCCUCGCUCCCCUGCCAUGAGUCCUGCCACGUCUCAGAUACCUAAAGUGGUGGAGUCCCAGGACAAGAGGGGGGAGGGUCAGCCCCCGCAGGACUACCCAGAAUCCCUGGAGCCUGAUUUGCCUCCAGAAUACACUUAUCCGACGAUUCCGAUUGGCUACCGGAGUGGACCCUCCCCACAGGAUGUUCAGCUGGCAGAGCCGGCUGACCUGGAAGCGGUCCAAGUGGAACCAGCUGAGCGUGCUCCCCAGACUCUCCCGAGCCUGCAGGAGGAGCUGGACUGCCAAGCCGUGGUCAGGCCUCUCCAGGAGACACUUUCACCCAAGGAUGUGGAGCAGAGAGCAGAAAAGGGUAUUGAUGCUGGGGUUUUAGAGCAGAAAGAGGAAGUGAGCGGCUAUGUGGAGAAGGAGGCAGUGGAGCAGGGAGCCGCUGAAGAGGAGGUGUUGGUGUGCCCCCCUGCUGACAGCCCAGUCUGUGAGGCCGCUUCCUGCCCGGUGUCCCUUUCAACAGAUGCACCUCAAAGGCCAGAUUCUGUCAUCACCCUGGAAGAGGACCAUGAGGCGGCGGGUGAAAAGAGCCAGGUGGAGCUCGCCCAAAAGGUCACAGCGCCAGGCGAGCAGGAACCAGUGUUAGCCACUGUCAUCCAGCUUGACCCCGCUUCCCUGCCGGCCCCGGGGACACGGCCCUCAUCUCCGCAGGAGGAAAAAAACACCACAGAGCCACACGGAAACAAGAUGACCCCUGAUGACGCCUCGGCGGAUUCGUCGCACCUUUCCCCGGCCCCUGUCCUCACUCCAAGUCAGGCGAGCGUGCCCGACAAAAAACCUCUGGUGCCCUGCUACUGGAGCCUGGAGCUGCUGAUAGCUGCGGCUUUCUGCACAGAUGUGCCUCCGUUCCCCUUGUUUCCUCUCAGUGCCCCGUCAGUGGUGCCGUCGCCGCCCAACCCCCACCAGGGCAUGGAGCUUCUGAGCGAGCUGGCAGAUUUGGAGAUACAGCAGCUGAAGCACCAUGUUGGGGAGACGAAAGAGGAGGACAAGUUGAUGUUUGACCUGCAGAGUUUGGCCACCCUUGCGACGGCACGGGCUCUCGAGACCGGCUCACUCGACGACACCAGAGCAGGUCCAGGCCAACAAGACCCGCCUCGCAAAACCCUUAAUUUACGUCGGAAGUGUAGCUGGACGCCUCGCAAUGAACCGGUGUGUCCCGCUAAAGGAGGCAUUGAAACAAUGGACGGUCCUGAGCUGGCCAUGCGGGUGAAGCUGGCGGACAUACAGCGCCGCUACAAAGAGAAACAGAGGGAGCUGGCCAAACUACAGAGGAAACACGAUCACCAAAAGGAGGAAACGCCUCGAAGCCCGGCGAGACGCGGGCCAGGACGACCGAGGAAGAGGAAGCCCAUCCUGAGCGCUCCGGUGUCGUCAUCGGAGGGCCAAAGAAAAGUCAAGUCGCUGGUGACAGGUCAUUCCGUGACCUCUGAUGAACUUGGAGAAAACCAGAGGCGGAAGAAGAAGCUGUCCAGUCGGAGUUUGGAGCGUCUCAGCUGCUCACAGAUCAAGGGCUGCAGGAAAAGUGGUCUUCACUCUGAGCUCAGCUCCAAACUGAGCAGCGAGGUGCAGCUCAAACAGAAAAACCUGAGUAAAAAGGACAGCAGAGACAAGGAGGCUUCGCCCUCAACCCCAAAGAAUGGACACAAAACUCAGCGAUCUGUCAAAGUGGAGAGCCGGCGUGAGUCCAGCGGACAAAGCGACACAGCAGCCAGUGUGGACAGUGGGCCUCACGAGACCUGGACCGGACAGACGCUCCCCGCACGUAAGAAGGAAAGCAUCACCCCCUCGCGAGAUUCUUCUGGUGCUGGCAAGCCCAGAGCAAAGGUCAUGCGAGGUCACAGGUCGGGGGCGAUGGAGGUGGGAGACACCGACACGGACUCCUCAGAUCAAGAAGACGACAGCUACGAUACGGACGACGGUCAGGAUUUCCGAGCCCAAGCCCCCAGAGACGUGCCGUCCUCGCUGACCCAAGGCCCCAGUCCGUCGUCGGUUGUGAAGCUGGAGGCCAACCAGAAAGCCAGGAACAAGCGACAGCGGCAGGAACUUUACGGCUCCCAGAGUCUGUCUGGAGUGGAGGGGGAUGUCAAGGUGAGGAAGAAGCCCCCGUCCAGGCCGGGAAUGUCCAGCACCAAGCGUGACCACACGCAGGACGGGAUCGGUAGAGCCAGUUCACAGAGGCCCAAGGAGCCUCGCUGGGGAAGCUUCAGCAGCAGAGGCAACCGUUUCAGGAGGAACAUGGGCCUGGCAACAUUUCCAACCACCAGUGAGAGGCUGAAGAGGGCCACCCGCAAGAGCACAAUGUUGAGGGGCGCAAUAAACAAGCCAAAGGGACGAGCGGUGAGUCGCCUGCUUGAGAGCUUUGCAGCAGACGAGGGGUUUCGGAUGGACGGCAGCAGCUUCUCGGACGAGGAAGAGGACAACAGCAGUUCCUGCAACAAAGGACCAGAAGCUCCGAACUGUGUCCUGACCAAAGAGCUCAUCAUGGACGGACUGAAGGUGCUGAUCUCUAAAGAGGACGAGCUCAUGUACGCGGCCAGGGUCCACACACUGGACGUCCCUGACAUCUUCAGCAUCAGUAUCGAUGGAGAACGAGGAAACCGCCCGAAAAUCUAUUCAUUGGAGCAACUGCUGCAGGAAGCUGUCUUGGAUGUUCGUCCAGAUUCAGAGGCUUUGCUUCGGGAGGGGACCCGGGUGUGCGCUUACUGGAGCGAGCGUUCACGCUGCUUGUACCCUGGCUACGUCCGAGGAGGUGGCGCUGCCGAGGAAAGCAAACAAGGCGGGGUGAUGGUGGAGUUCGAUGACGGCGACCGAGGGAAGAUUUCUCUCCCAAAUAUCCGCCUCUUACCACCAGGAUACCAGAUUCAAUGUGGCACGUCAUCGCCGACUCCACCGACGGCAGCUGCUCAGAAAGGCUCCAGUCUGGAACGCAUUCCUGACAAACUAAGCGACAGAAUUAAGACCUUGAGCACUGAAACUAGUGAACAAGUGCAGCACAAAAGAAGACCAGGUAGACCAAAGGGCUCUGGGAAAAAACAAAAUCAGAAGAACGCGCAGGCUAAUAGUAAAAACUCAUCGCUGUUUUCGGGUUGGCCUUUGAUGACGGGUAACAGAAAGAGGACGCCCUACAAUCUCUUCCAACUCAAUGGUGCGACCAAGAAGUCUGCACGACCAAAACAGAGUAGCCUGUUUUCCCUGCCUCAGACCCAGGCACCUGCCUCCACCCCGGCAAAGGGGCUCUUCAGCAGCAGCUCCUUUGAAGUGGACUCCUUCAGCAGCAUCGCAAACGGCUACUCCUCCUUCUGCUCUCAGUCCACAGGGCUGCCACUGGGCGCCCGAGGUGGACUUUACGGGCAGAAGUGCCGGCAAGAGGAGGCGGCAACACCAAAGGGGAGAAAGUCUGGACACCAAUUCCUGGUCAAGUUAGAUCACGAAGGAGUCAUGUCUCCAAAGACGAAGAACAGCAAAGCUCUUCUGUUGCGAGGUGCGACGACCAGUCUGACAGGGAUGCCCAGGACCCAGGCGUACUCCCAUCCAGUCCUGCUGGUCAAAGACAACAAAAAAGGCGGUGCCUCCAAGGUGGAACUACUGAUGAAAGGAAACGUCGCUCCCAAAAAGCCAUCGAUGCAAUAUGGAGACCUGGGCUUCAGUGCUCAUCGAGAAUGUCACAGCUCCUACUCAGACCUGGACGACGAGGAAGAGGAGGAAGAGGAGAGACGGACUGCUAUGGCCGUAGCUUCAGGAGGGUUAAGGACUGCUGGCCAUUUUCUCUCUCGUCUUUCCAUGUCCUCCUCUUCUUCCGGCUCCUCUAGUUCCUCCUCAUCAGGAUCUCUCUCCAGCUCCAGUGUCUGUUCUUCAGACAACGACUCCUCCUACAGCUCAGAGGACGAGGAGAGCUCCAGGGUGAUGAUGCAGAGUUGCAUGACCUCUCAUCGUGGGCUCCUACAGUCCACUCAGGGCUCUACUUCUUCAAGGCCGAACCAGCACCCCUUUGCAGCGAAAUCCAUGGCAUCUUCUAACACGAAGGGAGCUGAGAACGUCUCCCACAGCAAGUCCUUGAAAAGGAAAGAAUGCAGCAUUUCCUCGUCCAAACCACCCAAGGACAUGGUGAAGAAACCGAGACUGCACCCUGAGGACCAUCCUGCCAUUCCAAGGCCCAAGGUUUCUGCAUUCCUUUCAGGGGGGCAGAUGUGGAGGUGGCUUGGUGACCCAACGCAGAGGCGAGGCCUGAAGGGCAAAGCCAGGAAGCUCUUCUACAAGGCGAUAGUCCGAGGGCGGGACAUGGUGAAGGUCGGAGACUGCGCAGUGUUCCUGUCAGCUGGACGACCCAAUUUGCCUUAUGUUGGUCGGAUUGAGAGCUUUUGGGAGUCCUGGACCUCCAGCAUGGUGGUCAAGGUGAAGUGGUUCUAUCACCCUGAAGAGACCAAGUUGGGUAAAAGGCAUCGAGAUGGAAAGUACGCCCUCUACCAGUCGUGCCACGAGGACGAGAACGAUGUCCAGACCAUUUCUCAUAAGUGUCGGGUGGUGAGCAGGGAGGAGUACGAACGUCUUACACACAACCAGAAGCCGAACAGUACGAACCCCGACCUGUACUACCUGGCCGGAACGUACGACCCCACCUCGGGUCAGCUAGUCACUACUGAUGGGGUCUCCAUCUUGUGCUGAGCCUCUACAAGGACACUACUGAGGGUUUCCACUGGAGGACGCGUUCACUGCAAGGAGAACUGUCUGAGUGCGACACUGAUAGUGUCUGGAUUCUCACUCGGAGGUCGAGAAACGGUGGAGGUCCAGGCCUUUCCGGCACAGACAACCGUUUCAAGUGGUUCUUUUGUAUCAAACUUUUUUUUUUUUUACUGACGGUAUAACAUUUCUCUAUAAACAUCUCUGACCUAUUAUCCGACAGCGAGACCUGGAUCUCUGCCUGAACCUCAUCAUUCCAGGGAUGUUGACACACAUGUAAAAGAUGUAAAGUUGUGUUGUGUAAAUAUUUGCAUUGACCCGAACCAAGCCAUACACUUCAGUACCUCUCACCUGUCAGGUGUAUAAUUGUACAGUCCAAUCGUUUCCUGUUGUUUAUAUGUACAUAAAAGCUAUUUUAUAUAGAAGUUUAUUGUAAAUAUAAGAUGUAUCUUUCCAUGUUUGCAAUUGAUUUAUUUUUAUAUGGGUAAAGAGUAUGUUGUUUGUGUUUUUUCUCUUUUGUUUCGUUCAAAGUCAUUUUCUUUGGGAAAUCGAGAUUGGGGAGUGUUGCACUGCGUUUGCCCUGCUGAGACAGAAACGUCGACGGCUACGUUCACAUCACGGCUGAAACCGUAUUUUCUUUCACAGAUCAAAAAUCAGGAAUGGCUUCCAACAUGGCUGCUGAACGUUGUUGGGAAGCAGCUUUAUCCGAUUGUUGCGUUGAAUGAGUUCUGAAUCACGUAUUGUAUCGUUCACUUAAAAACAGUUAGCUACAUGCUAACUCUUAUGGUUUACGAAAUUAAUCCAAAAACGUUCAAAUUGCAACUUAGUCACAUGGGUUCAUGCUUCUCGGCUAGUGCCGAUGCUGAGUCGGGCCUUUUCACUGAAGAAAGAGCUGAGCCAAAAGACUGAAGUCUAGAUUUGACCAGCCAGUCAGUUAACCGUGGUCUAAUGGUGGCAACUGGAAGAAGUUCACCGGGAUCUCCUUCAAGUCCUGUCGUCAGUGAGAGACUAAGAAUGGCACUGUGGCUGGCGAGGUGUUUGAGACAUAUUUAUCAUGACCCCGAACAUCACACUCAUGGAUUACUGUGCUUGGUCUGCUGCCCCCGCGACCCAAACUUUGGCAAGACGGGAAUUUAUAUUCUCUGUUUUUUUCCCUCUGAGGUUGUUGCAUGGGGGCGGCACACUGAAUGGGUCGAUAUUAACUUCAGUUUAUACGCAACUCGUGAAAAAAAAAAAACAAGCGGUAAUGUGAACGUAGCUUUAAACAGGGCGGGGCCUCAGACUGAAAGAUUUGGGGGUCACCCUGUUCUAAAAUAGGUCAAGUGGCUGUUCUGUUACUUUAUGUUUUGUCAUCUUAAGGCAGAUCCAAGUGGACUGCAAUGACGGGUGUUUAAAAAGAACGGUUGGGACGAGUCAGAACAAGUGACGUGUCACAUGACCUACAGAAUACCAAAGUGUCUUUAAUUUAAAUUUAUUCCAAGCACCUGUAUUUAUCUUAAAGCAGAGAGCACUGGGAACUUAGAGGUGACAUAUUGGCUUGGCGUCGUGACAAUAUUGUCUCUGCAGCCGGCGGCCUCGCGGGAUUUUCACCUUAAAUGUCAAGGUACUGACGAAAUAAGAGCAUGAAAUGUCUGUCUGAGUUUCAUUACUUUGUCUUAUUUUGUACAGUACACGCACACACUCGACGCUAACUGUGAAGGACAAUCAGAUUCACAAAGAAAAUGAGUGAGGUCAGUCUUUCAGAAGAUCUAUUGAGGUUUAUUUAAUUUGUGCCAAGUAUUUUUUUGCUGUUUUAUUUUGUUUCAUAUGCAAUCCUGAGUAUUCUGUGUUUUUCAAAGGUUUAUUUAUUGUCAUUGUUGCUGUUUGUUCAUGCCAAGAUGCGCUUUAUUAGAAUGUGACAUUGGUUUUCUUGGUGUGAUGUCGCAUUUGCAUUUCCUAAAUAAAGACGGUCUUGUAGAGGGGGCCAGGAAAAUAGUGAAAAAUAAAUAAAGCAACACUGGAUUCUUCUCAU